UGCACGUGCAGGCAACCGGCGUACGUCAUGGCGGCCAGACGCCUCUUUGGGGCUACGCGGAUCUGGGCCGGCUGGCGGGUCCGUGAGCUCCUGGACCCUGCUGCCCUCGGAAGACUUCUGGUCCGGGAUUAUGCCAAGAAGCCGGGUAUGAAGGGCGGCCGAGCCGGCAAAGGAGCUGUGGCCGGCGAGGCCCUAAGGGACCCCGAUGUGUGCACAGAUCCUGUCCGGCUCACCACACAUGCCAUGGGCGUCAACAUCUACAAGGAAGGCCAAGAUGUGGUCCUGAAGCCGGACGCCGAGUACCCCGAGUGGCUGUUCCAGAUGAACGUGGGUCCCCCCAAGACGCUGGAGGAGCUGAACCCCGAGACACGGGAAUACUGGAGGCUGCUGCGGAAACAGAACAUCUGGCGCCACAACAGGCUGAGCAAGGACAAGAAGUUCUAGCCCACGGAGCACCCCGACCCUCGCCUCGCUUCGCCCAUGCUGAGGGCUUUUGAUCUUCCUGGAUAAUGGACGUUUCCGGAAGCCAAGCAGCCCCCUGGUCUGGGUGUCUGUGCCCCCAUGGCAAGGCUGCACCGGGGCCCUGGGGGCAAUAAAGACUUUGGGGCUGUGGCUGGCAGCCCCCGUGUGCC